AGCGGCCAUGGCGGCGAAUUUUGGAGACUGUGCCGGCGGGUUCCGCCACAACGAGGUGAUCAGUUUCAUCAACAACGAAGUCCUUCUGAACGGGGGCGGCCCUGAUUUCUACACGACCCUCCGCUCGCAGUCCUGGAACGAAAUCGAGGACCGACUUCUGGCCGUCCUGACUGACCCGCAGGUACCGCGCAUGCGCCAGAGGGCCAGCACCUGGAGCGCGCUCGCUUUGGGAGUGCGCGUGGCCGCCAGGCAGCGUGAGCAGCUAGUGUGCCAGGUCCGGCAGCUGCAGGACCGGGUGGAGGAGCUGGAGGGGACUGCCUGGGGUCUGGCUCCAGAAUUACAGAGACUUCACGUGGAGCAUGAGAACAUGACCUUGCAGCUGCACUUAACACGGACUGCCCUGGAGCAGGCGCUGAAUGAGCGUGAUAUGCUUCACUCACAACUGCUCCUGGUUGCAGGGUCGGUCCAAAUUGCCCUAAUGAGCCAUGAAAUGAUGCCUGGACCUCAACCCGGGUGGUUUGGGGCCUCAGCAUGGCCCCUGAAUGAAGAGCAGCAAAGAAAUAUGGAGGCCAUGGGGAUGCCUGGCAGUCCCUGGGCCCAGAACAUGCCACCACCUCUGCCAGUGUCAGUGCCGUACUCAUUUCCAUUUCACCCACCAUUUCCACCGGCAUCCCCAUUCUUGCCACCUCUACCACCAGGAGCAGUAUUCAUGGAAGCAGGAGGGGCAGUAAUGCCACCUAACCCGCCUCCGGGGUUCCAUACCCCUAACCCGCCUCCAGGGUUCCAUACACCUAACCCGCCUCCGGGGUUCUAUACCCCUAACCCGCCUCCGGGGUUCCAUACCCCUAACCCGCCUCCAGGGUUCCAUACACCUAACCCGCCUCCGGGGUUCUAUACCCCUAACCCGCCUCCGGGGUUCUAUACCCCUAACCCGCCUCCAGGGUUCUAUACACCUAACCCGUCGGCUGCAGUGUGGGCACAGGAGGAGAUGGCCCCACUGUGGAACCAUAGGAUCCCCAGCCAGGAGGAAGGCCCUGAAUUCCUUCAGGAUACAGUCCCCUUUGGGGACAUGAGAAGCCUUAGCCAGGAACAAGAUCUAGAGAGGCCACAGGGCAUGGUGAACCUGAGUGACAAUAGGAAUCACAGCCAUGAAGACAAUGCAGUGGGGCCCCAGGGGGUAGUUCCCCUUUGGGAUUGCUGGAGCCACAGCCAAGAACAACAUCUAGAGAGGUCCCAGGGCAUGGUUACCAUGAGUGACAUCAGAAACAGCCAGGAGGAUGGCCCAGAGACACCCCAGAAUAUGGUCCCCCUGGAGGCUAGUGGGAGGCAUGGCCAAAAACAAAGUUCAGAAAGACCGCAGGGGGUGGUUCAUCUAGGGGGAAACAGAAGCCACUGCCAGGAAGGAGAUCCAGAGAGUCCCCAGGGGACUAUCCCUCUUGGAGGCAGCGGAAGUCAGAGCCAGGGCCAGGAAGAAGAUCCAGACAGUCCCCAGGGGACUGUCCCCCUUGGAGGCAGCGGGAGCCAGAGCCAGGAAGGAGAUCCAGAGACACCCCAGGGGACUGUCCCCCUUGGAGGCAGCGGGAGCCAGAGCCAGGAAGGAGAUCCAGAGACACCCCAGGGGACUGUCCCCCUUGGAGGCAGCGGGAGCCAGAGCCAGGAAGGAGAUCCAGAGACACCCCAGGGGACUGUCCCCCUUGGAGGCAGCGGGAGCCAGAGCCAGGAAGGAGAUCCAGAGACACCCCAGGGGACUGUCCCCCUUGGAGGCAGCGGGAGCCAAAGCCAGGAAGGAGAUCCAGAGACACCCCAGGGGACUGUCCCCCUUGGAGGCAGCGGAAGUCAGAGCCAGGAAGGAGAUCCAGAGAGUCCCCAGGGGACUGUCCCCCUUGGAAGCAGCGGGAGCCAGAGCCAGGAAGGAGAUCCAGAGACACCCCAGGGGACUGUCCCCCUUGGAGGCAGCGGGAGCCAGAGCCAGGAAGGAGAUUCACAGACACCCCAGGGGACAUCCCUGGGGAGCAGAAAAAGGCAUGACAUGAGAGAAAAUAAAAAGAAACAGCAGUUUUGGGGGCAGAAGUUCAAGCAACCAGAAGGGAUAAGAGCCUCAGAAUCCCAGCACCAUGAGAUGUAUGCCUCAUGCUACAAUGGACAGAACUGGCACUGCAUUUGGUGUAGAUCUGUAAAUUUUCCAUGGCGCAAGUUCUGCCAUGUUUGCAGGAAAUUCUGUAUGUGA